GUUAUAUAUCAUGUGACAUUCUUUAUAUUCAUAACAACUAUUGGUUUAAAUAUUAUAUUUGGUAUUAUUGUUGAUACUUUCUCAGAAAUGAGAGACUUAAAGUGGAGAGCCGAAUCGGACAUGAAAGAUACGUGUUUUAUUUGCAGUAGAAAUAGUUACGAUUUUGAACAUCAUGGCAGGGGUUUUGAUUAUCAUGUUAAAAAUGAACAUAAUAUGUGGAGUUAUGUGUACUUUAUUAUA